AUGACUAUUGCUAUAAGAUGUGUGGAUAUUGAUGAUAUUAUUGUCAAGGUGCAUGAGUUCUUUAUUGGGUUUAUAAAUGUUGAAGACACGUCGGGGCUUGGACUUUUCAAACGACUAGAAGAUGUUUUGAUUGAACUUCACCUCAACAUUGAUGAUAUAAGAGGACAAGGUUAUGACAAUGGCUCCAAUAUGAAAGAAAAGCAUGAUCAAAUUGGGAGGAUAGAAGCUAAAGGCUUGUGGAUGUAUACUUUAGAAGAUUUUGAGUUCUUAAUUAGCUUAUGCAUUUGGUACAAACUUUUAGAUAAAGUUAAUCAUGUUAGUAAAUUGCUUCAACAAGAAUAUAUGGAAAUUGAUGAUGCAAUUACAAGAUUGAAGGAGCUCAUUAUAUAUUUUGAAAAUGUUAGAGAAUGUGGUUUUGAAGAUUUGAUGGAGGAAGCUAGAACACUUGCACGUAAAGUUGGCAUUGAUCCAGUGUUUGUUCAAAAAAGAGUUUCUCGAAGAUCGAAGAAAUUUGAUGAGGGUGUGAAUGAUUAUGCCCAUGGUAAUCAAUCAUUAGAGGAUAAAUUUAGAAUUACAUAUUUUCUCCGCAUUAUAGACCAAGCUCUUACAUCGCUUCGGGAUCGGUUUGAACAACUUGAACGUUUUGAAGAACUCUUUGAAUUUUUGUUCAAUGGAAAUUCAAAAGUGUUAGUGAAGAGCAAUUGA